UAAAAAGGUGAUUGUUUUGCAUAGAUAUCACUGAGAGGGUGAUCAGUGUCGAGGACCUACAGAAAUAUAUUAUAAUUUAUUAAAUAAUAUUUAAAAGAUAAAAAUGGCUGGAAAGAUUAUUAUUUUUGCCUGUUUGGCUUCCAGCGUGUUGAGUUUGCCAGUGGCUAAUCAAAAAAAUAUCAGCAUAAGAAAUUUCAGAGGUUUCCCUCGUCCCUUCAAAUACUAUUCAAGAGAAGAUUGGGGGGCUAAAGCAGCCACUGCCAUCGACCAUCUCAGUUUGCCGGUCCCUUAUGUGACCAUCCAUCAUACAUAUAUUCCGGGAGCAUGCUUUAACUUCCAACAAUGCAAGAGCGCCAUGCGGGGUAUGCAGACUUACCACCAAGACACACAGGGAUGGGGUGACAUUGGAUACAACUUUGCAAUAGGCAGUGAUGGUGCGGUGUACGAAGGCCGAGGCUGGUUGGCUGUAGGUGCACACGCCUAUGGAGCAAACAGUCGGAGUAUAGGCAUCGUCUUCAUAGGAGAUUAUAUAUCGGAUCUACCGCCUCCCAAAAGCCUACAAGCAGCCAAAGACCUCAUUGCUAUUGGAGUGAAAGCUGGAUUCAUAUCUCCAUCCUACCAUCUAAUAGGGCACCGUCAGGUGAGCGCGACCGAGUGCCCAGGACAGAGUCUGUACACCGAAAUCACCAGUUGGGACAGAUUUUUACCAGAUUUUGACGUGAACGCGGGUGGUCACUGUCGAGGACGGAAAUAUAUAAAAUAUUACCUUCAUAAAAGAUAUACAAUGGCUGGUUAUAGUGGUUAUAUAUACAAUGUUAUAUUUGCCUGUUUGUCGGCCAGCGUUUUAAGUUUGCCAACUAAUCAAAACUACAGUGUCAAAAACUUUAGAGGUUACCGUCUACGCUUCCCAUUCUACUCAAGACAAGAUUGGGGUGCCAAACCACCAGUUUCCUACGAACUGCUCAGUUUACCCGUUCCAUAUGUGACCAUCCACCACACAUACAUUCCAGUAGCGUGUUUCAACCCUCAGCAAUGUAAAUAUGCUAUGCGGGAAGUACAGAAAUUACACCAGGACGACAAUGGAUGGAGUGACAUUGGAUACAACUUCGCAAUAGGCAGUGAUGGUGCGGUGUACGAAGGCCGUGGCUGGUACAGAGUCGGCGCUCAUGCCAUAGGCGUCAAUAACCGAAGCAUAGGCAUCGUCUUCUUUGGAGAUUAUGUUUCGGAUCUGCCACCCCGAAGCCUACAAGCGGCUAAAGACCUGAUCGCUAUUGGAGUAAAAGCUGGUUUCAUUUCUCCAUUCCACCGUCUAAUAGGCCACCGUCAGGUUUCCGCCACUGAGUGCCCCGGACAGAGUCUGUACUCUGAGAUCACAAGUUGGGACAGAUUUUUACCAGAUUUUGACGUCAACGCGUAAAACAAUAAAGAGUGUCAACAGUACAAUUUACUUCCUGUUUUUACCGAAACUGUGUGAAAAGUUCCCAGGGUACGUUGCCGAAUGGCACAAACGCUCACGAAACGAAACGCUCGUAGAUAUCUAUCUCUAUCGCUCUUGCGGAUUGGUGCGACAGAGCCAGACUACCUUUCGCGGCGUUUCGUUUUCGUUUCGCGUCGCAGAAAUGCCAUUCGGCUACGGCACCAAGACAGAGUGUGCUAGGCCAAAGUGUGAAGACUGAGAUCACCAUUUUUGCCGUCAACUUAGACAUUUUUACCAGAUUUUGACGUCAACUCUUGUCAGCAAUAAAGAACUUGUGUAAUUUA